GCACUACAAUACAAAUUACUGGCAUUUUGUGUUGUGUAGCAGAGUUGUUAAAUAACAUUUUUAUUGCAAAGUGUGGUCUUGAGGCCAGUCCUCAUACUUGGACUUGGGUCAAUCAUGAGUAAUCUAACAUAUAGUGGAGAGAGGAUGUUACAAGCUGGUAUGGGCCACUAAUAGGAAGGAAGAAGAAUCAGCUGCUUUGCUGUGUGGUAGACUAGAUAAAUGGAGAACUUCAUUGCCAAACUGCUAUUGCAGCUCUAUUUACAAAAAAAAACUUCACUCAAUAUGCCCAUCUGUUUUAGGCUGUGAUGCAUUCACCCUUAAAAGCAAAAACUAGUGGGUUGGUCUUAGCACCUGAUGAAGGUCAGGUAGCCAAAUGCCUUAAAUGUUUGCUACAUACUACAAAUACUACAAAUGCAUACCAGCAGAAGACAACAAUGAAAGCAAAAACAUAUGACGUUUAUUAUGAUUAAAGCUUGCCUUAAUCAGCCCACAGAACCAUUGUAAUACCUCCUGUCUUGGUCCCAUAUGUUUUAGGGGCAGUCCAGAUGUUUUUUUGUUUGCAGGAAGCAAUGUAUGCUGAAUUUGACUUCAGAUUUAGUCUCAUGAUUAUGAACUGAGAGUAUGGCUUCCAUUGUAGUGAAAUUAGCUGGAAUUCAGCUUUGCAUAUUUAAAAUUAUAAGUCCAGGAUGCAACAGUGCUGGAUAUGGUCAGAGAAAAGUGCUGUGUUCAGCCUAAAAUUAGUCUUUAGUGCAUUUUUAUGGUUGACAAGCUUUUCGCUCAAUUCCUACACAACCGUGCAUGUACAAAAGCUGUCACAAAAUAUUUUCUGAGAAAAGGGGUAGUUUUGAAUUUUAGCAGGACAUCAGAUAUGUACAGGCAGUGAAAUUUAGGUGACAGUAAUGCAGGAGAAUGGUGACUACAGUAGUUUAUUUUGGUCAUGCAGAUAUUAAUUUCAUAACAUACCUAAUUUGUGCUGUCUUGCAGCACAUUGUAAAAAGAUGUAUUGUGAUUCCUGGGCCAGUGGCCACACAGCAUGGGAGGGCCACAUUUGAUCAGGAGCAGGUCCUCCCAGAAUGGGACUUAGUUGUGCCUAAACCUUGACAUGGACACCAACAAAGUAGUUUCCUGUCUACCAAGCUGCCCCAUCCUGGUCCUGGUGAUAGAUGAUAGCCAUCCUGGCUGCUCUGGAUAUCACUGCAUCAAUCUUUGCCAGCCAGAUAUACCCGAAACAUCACAGAAUUACCCAGUGGGCACUAGAGCCCUGCAAUGAUCUGGACAAAAGCAAUGUGCAGCAAAUGUUAGAAGGAUAACUGAAUGGAGAGCUAUGAAGAAGAGACCCUGGUGGGCUAGUGUGGAGCUAGGCCACAACAUGCUCUAGAUUGUCUUGUACACUACCCAGCAUAUGUAUCAGCAGCAUGGUCAUAUUGAAGUAGCAUAUUGCCUUUUCACUUUUGCAAUGAAAUAUCUGGAUGUGAAGGAACAAAUCCAGAAACUAGUGUGACAAGAUACCUUCAACAGCAACUGAGCUUUUUCACUGUCCAGCAACUGUUCCAGUAAUUGAUGCAUUGGUCCAUGUAAUGGGCCCAUGCAUAUGUAAUGGAGCCACUUGAUGAUAACAAGCUCAUAAGAGGCCGCCAUGCCAACCGACGCCGAGCUGGAGGCGCGCCGACUCUGGCGGGCCGCUGACGCCGUCUGCUUCGACGUCGACUCGACCGUGAUACGCGAGGAGGGAGUCGACGAACUGGCCAAGUUCCUCGGCAAGGCGGACGAGGUGGCGCAGCUAACGAAGCAUGCCAUGAGUGGCGCGCUCGAGUUCCGCGACGCGUUGAGCCAGCGUUUGGGCCUGCUGCGGCCGUCCCGCGCGGCUCUGCUCGAGUUCACCGAGCGGCAGCAGCUGACCGUGUCCCCAGGUAUUAGCGAGCUGGUGCUGCUGCUGCAGCGGCGCGGCGUGCGCGUGUUCCUGGUCUCCGGCGGCUUCCACUGCCUGAUCGCGCCCGUCGCCCGGCUGCUCGCCAUCCCUGAGCAGCACGUCACCGCCAACAAGCUGCUGUUCGACUUCGAUGGGAACUACGCGGGCUUUGACGAGUCGCAACCCACGUCGGCUUCCGGUGGCAAGCCCAAAGCCAUCCAGCGACUGAUCGACGAACACAAGCUUCGGUGCGUCGCCAUGGUCGGAGAUGGCGCCACCGACCUCGAAGCCGUUCCGCCAGCGCACGUGUUUAUUGGUUACGGCGGAAACGUGGUACGUCCCGCGGUGGAGGCGGCCGCGCCCUGGUUCGUACGCGACUUCCGGACGCUGAUCGAGGCCCUCGCCGACUGACGGCCGGGGAGCGGCGUCGCCAGUGCUAGAGAAUCUCACGCGCGCCCGACCACGCGCCGUAGUGUCGGAGUGACUGUAGGGUAGUUUGUAGGCUGGUGCGCUCGAUCGCAUGGUGAUUACAUUGCUGGGGCGUACUAAAGGGCAGGGGCUCUGAUAUCAAGGUGUCUUUAGUGAAGAUCUUGGUGGAUGUAACCAAUGCUAAACGUCAAUGGUUCCAAUUUCAAAGUGUCUUCGGGGAAGAAGAGCUUAGCAAAUGUAGCCUGGAUAGUUAUUGAUAGUGUAUUGCAAACAGCCAUGGUUCAGGCUGGCCGGAUGCGUUAGAGCUGUUGGACAGCCUUUCCCAGCCUGUUUUGUAUGUCAUGCAUAUAUACGCAGUACGCUUCCUUCAGACAUAUUGGCCAUGAAAACCACCACAUCAGUAGGACUGCUGGUCGGCCAUGUGAACCAUCACAUCAGUAGUACUGCUGGUUGGCCAUGUGAACCAUCACAUCAGUAGGACCGCUGGUUGGCCAUGUGAACCAUCACAUCAGUAGUACUGCUGGUUGGCCAUGUGAACCGUUACAUCAGUGAAACUGCUGGUUAGCCAUGAAAACCAUCACAUCAGUAGGACUGCUGGUUGGCCAUGUGAACCAUCACAUCAGUAGUACUGCUGGUCGGCCAUGUGAACCAUGACAUCAGUGAUACUGCGGGUUGCCUCCUUUGAUCCAUCGCGUUGUUGCGCGGUUCGGUGUACCAGAUAGCGGUGCCAUGACUUCGCAAUACCGUUAACCACGGCCUAUCUUGUACUUUACCACCACGGACACUGGAGGUGUCAUACAAAGACUGGGCCUAGUUCAUGCCGCAGUCCGCGGACCGGGCUGCGGCGUUGCGCAACACGUGACAGUGCACACCGCUUUCCGGAAGUGUUGCAGUCAUAAAUAGUGUUCCGUUGGCUGCACAGGUGCUUGCUCAGAUUAAGCGACUUUCGUAUUGAUCAAGUGUCACGUAGCGGCCAAAUGUGAAAGACGACCUCCCGUUGGGUGAUGCUGAACGUUUUUCGCCACACGAGUGCCAGAUCGAGCUGUCUUUCGGUAAAUGGAAAGUCACGGGUUCGAACCAGUAGGUAGAAUGUCAGCGUACCUGAGCUUGCAAUACUGUGACGACGUGCGCGAGGAACUGUACAGUGAUGCGUGCCCAGUAUCUCGUCCGCCAGCUGACGGCAGUGUGUGGUGCUUCCAUUGCGCGGAGCGGAGGGG